UCCGUGCCUGAGCAAAUAAUAAUAAUAAUAAUAAUAAUAAUCGUGGCUUAGUUCAUAUUUUCUUACUGUCUUUUUUUGUAUUAUCUGCAUUAUUUCUUUUUUCCUUUUGUACUCAAUAUCCAUUUUUUUAGCUAUGCUUACAGAGAUUGCUAUCACCGCCUCCAAUACCGAUCCUACUGUCUAUGUCUGGGAUAUUCGUUCCGGUUCAACUUUAUUUAGUUUCAAACAAAGUACUUCUGGAAAGAGUGGUCUAUGUUGUGUCCCUCGUCCAGGCGCUCCUUUACAGAUCGGAUCAUUCUUAACAGCUCAAACAGAUCGAGCCACAUUACACGUAUAUGACUGGCGACGUGAUCAUAUUGCUUAUAAAAUGUUGACACCUGAAAAAAUUAUUACCGUUACAGCUUCUCAUCAAGGUCAUUAUGUUGCUGGUGCAACCUCAUCAGGACGUGUUUAUCUCUGGCACACUGCCACCGGUCAUUUGAAAUGUGUAUUCGAUGCACAUUAUCGUCUCAUCAACCGUCUUGUCUUUUCCAACGAUGAUACUGCUCUUAUCACUGCCGGUGAUGAUGCUACUGUCAAUGUUUGGUUAAUGUCUCAAUUGUUAUGCUCGGAAACCGAAGCUGAAUCUCGACCUAGUUCAAUGUAUUCAUGGGCAGAUCAUACACUACCUGUCACUGAUGUUUGUAUUGGUUCUGGUACUUUAUCCACAGCAAGAGUCUAUACUUCAAGCUUGGAUUCUACUGUCAAGUUAUGGGAUCUUUCUACCGGUGAACUAUUAACAACCUUUCUCUUCCCAAAAGCCGUAUCAGCAAUUACACUUAACCCUUCUGAAACUAUUCUCUUUGCUGCUUAUUUAUAUAGACGCCGACAGCAUCAAGCUUAUAACAAUACACAAAGCGUUGGUGGUUUGGGUAAAGUAGAAGCUGUUGGUGUUCACGAAUCAGUGGAAUCCUCUACUUCUUCCUUGGGUGCCAUGUUUUCCGGACACACAGGCUCUAUUAAUUCCUUGGAUUUAUCCUUUGACGGGACACUCUUAAUUUCCGGUUCAAACGAUGGUAACUGUAUCGUUUGGGAUGUAGCCAGUCGUCAAUCACUGCGCAAAUUUACUAGUCAUAAAGGUCCUGUGACAUCUGUAUCUUGCAUACUGCGACCCAAUGAAUUGUUAACAGGAGCAACACAACAUAAAUAUAUUCCCAUGCCAUGGAAACCAUUCAAACGUACAGUGACGAUGAUGGAAGAGGAACGACAACGUGGCGUAGAACAACAAAUAUUCAAUACUCAAGGGGAUUAUAAAAAACAGCAAGAAUUAGUCGAUGUUGGCCCUGCAUAUUCUUCCUUAUCAUGUGAAAUGGCUUCAACUAGUCAAAUAAUGCAAGAAUUGAUGCUUUUAGAUGGUAAGGACAACUCAAUGGCAUUACAGGCUCAAUUGGUUGAAGUUCAAGAUGAAUUAGCUCGGUUACACGGACAUCAUGGAAAAAUGAAAUCACUUCAUGACAGCAUGUAUCAUACCUUGGUAGAUCAGUUUAUGGCAGAUCAAAGAAAGAAUACCGUAGAUCAAGAAGACGAAUAGACAAAGUUUUUUUUUUUUUUAAAAAAAAAGGGGAUAUUUUAUCUCUUCUUUUAAUGUAAUAGUUAUCAAUAAACCUUUAACAACUUGUAGCUGUCCUUGGGUCACCGUUUAACUUUUUUUUGUUAUCAUCCUAUUCCGUUGAAUUCAUCUUAUUAUUCACCUAUACAAUUGCACAAAACAAUGAUUGAGGAUCAACUUUGAUCAAUAGAAAGCAGUAUCGAUCCCUUCACUGUUUUUCAAUCUAUUCACUAUCAUCUAUCCUUCGAUGGACCAC